CGCCCACGACGACUUUUUGUAGUGAUGCAGUCGCGCGCUUCGUAAACGCGUAACAACGUCACUACUGAGUACUGACGCGCUUUGGUCGCAUUUGCAGCGCGCUACAGAAACGAUGCCAACGCCCUACUAACGCGCUACAGCAUCGCGACUGUAUCGAUGCAAGCGCGAGAUCGUGUCGGACGAUAUCGGGAGAAGUAUGGUGGGAGGGUAGCGCGUGAGUGGAGAACCGCCGCGCCGUGAAUCAGUGCAACACAGACGGAUGGUGAGAGUUAUUGUUUGUCACGUGCGCAAAAUGGAGUCGUUCGACACAGAAACUUUUAUUGUGGCUAUUCAAAACCGUCCUAUUAUAUGGGACUCGCGCCUUCCUGAAUAUUCCAAUAAGGUUGCAAAAAGAAAGGCAUGGGAAGAGAUAAAUGAAAUAAUUAAUUCAGAAUUUGGAGAACAAACAAAUGAAGAAAAGAAUGCCUGCGUUGUUGAACUCCAGAAAAAAUGGAAAAGCAUAAAAGAUUCCUAUAACAGAGAAUGGCUAAAGGAAAAAAAUUGUCCUAGUGGGUCCGGGGCCAAGCCAAGAAAACAAUAUGUUUACUAUACACUAUUGUCAUUUUUACCACCUUUGACCGAAAUGAGACCGCCAAGUCUAUCUACAAAUACUGAGGAAUACGCCAGCGAAGGCUAUUUGGAAACUUUUGGUAUUCCUAAAUCAAAGAAGCCUAAAAGCAAUGAUGGGGUUGAUGAUGCACAAAAAAAAUUAUACGAAGUUCUAACUGAGAAAUCGAAAAACUUUACGCCGAGCAUUGAACAUCCAGAUCAACAUUUUUUUCUUUUCCUUUUUUCACUGUUUAAUUGCAUAAAGGAAGAAUAUAAACUCGAUGCGCAAGCUGAUAUGAUAAAUUUGCUUUGCAAAUACAACAGUAUGGUACCAACAUCUGCAUCCACCAGUCACUAUGGGCAUCAGUCUGGAUACCAAAGCUACAACACAACACCUGCUGGUACAAGCACUGAAAGUCGCGUGUCGCAACUACUAAAUAUGUACCUCACACCGCCUACGGCUUCUCGUGCCAAUGCCAAUACUGCAGAUAUGCGGCAGCCUGUCAGCUCUCCGUCCUCGUUCAGUCCGCAGUCGUGGCCCGCUGCGGCGACCUCGCCACGAGCCAGCAACGAUGCUACCGAUCUCUCCCUCGACAUACCCAAAUUCCAUGUCAAGAAGAGCGCUGGCUUCUUCCAAGAAGACGAAAAGAAAGGCAUCAAGCUGUACCACACGCGCGGGCGGUACCGCCGCGUGCUACUGCUGCUCUCGUACGUGAACUUCGCGUACGGCACCGACGAGUACCGGCACGGCGUCGAGGUCGACACCAAGAACCUCAAGUACCUGUUCGCCGAGAUGGACUUCCAAGUGCUCACCUACAUAAACCUCACGCUGAAAGAGACGAAUGAGACGCUGAAGUCGCUGAGCAGCGUGCUGGUGGGCGCGGAGGUGGUGUUCACGGUGGUGUCGUCGCACGGGUACGAGAAGAAGCUCAACGCCAACACGUCCAUCCGCUGCAGUGACGGCCUCCUCACCACCGACGGCAACAUCAUUGAGUUCUUCAACCACAAGAACAUGCCCCAGCUACUCGGCGUGCCCAAGGUGUUCAUAUUCCAGGUUUGCAGAGGCGUCGUGGAAGACUACGUGACCGUGAAUGCGACCGCAAAUGUGAACGUGCGCGCCUUGUCCGCGCCGCGGCCGCAGCGCGUGGCGGUGGACACGGCCACCGUGCCGCCCGGCGCCGCCACAUCCUCGCCCACCACGCCCAUCUCGCCGCCCGUCGACCUGCGCCCGCUCUACUCCGACACGCUGGUCGUGCACUCCACCGUGCCAGGUUUUGUGUCGCACCGCGACAAGUUCGACGGCUCGUGGUACAUCCAGGUGUUGUGCGAAGUGUUCGCGGAGUCUGCGCAUGACUGCCACGUGGAGAAGCUGUUCAAGUUGGUGGACGAGAGGCUGCAGCAGAAGUACGGCAUCCAGACGUCGUCGGUGGACAGCCGCGGGUUCAACAAGAAGUUGUACCUGCACCCGGGGCUGUACGAAUGACCGCGGGCCCCUGUUCGCUGACCUGCGCCACUAAGCCGAUGUCUACCAAGCGCAGCGCAACACAGGUCAAUGAUUUAGCUCAAGCUAUGUCUUAGGCAUAAAUGAUAGUCUUUAACAUAAAAUGAUAUUUGUGUUUUGGCGACCUCCUAUCGUCCUGUCGUCGAAAGAUGUCGCAACGUUUAUAAUUUAUUAUACGAAUCUAUAGAUUCAUGUAAAAGAUACAAUUGAAAUUUAUUCCAGGUUGUAAUAAAUUAAGUAAAUAAUUGACGAGAAUUAAAAAAUAGUAUGAUGGUAUUUAUACUCGGAUGUUUUGCGUUACUAAAUAUUAUGAUAGUAAGAUUGGGUGUACAUUAACUACCCAAUUUGGUUGAUAGAAGUAAAGACAAGUACAUAUGAUGUGGCAUUUUAGAUGGACCCAAGUACCAUCACUACUCAGCCUCUUUCUUAUACGGGGGCCUUCACAACUUCUUUUUACUUAGUUUUGUCUUUUACCAUCAAGCACCAGUAUACAAGUACUGUGUGUGUUCCGAUUUGAAGAAUACUCAAGGUGAUACACCAUUGUAAUAAAUUAAAGCUUCCGGGCAUUAUUGAUAAUCUUUAUAAAUUCGUGGCUCUUACUAUAUGUGAAUGUGAAUAAUUUCCUCGUCACCUUGUUAGGUUAGGAAUUACUAUUAUAAAUUUAUAUAAAGUGAUGAAAAAAAUAAAAAGGGAACGAAAUACAAAAAUGAGGUAUGAAAUAAUAGUAAACACGGUUUUGUACGCGAUUAUACAAGAACAAUUAUUUUUAAAGAUUAAAUGAAAAUCCGAAUUAGAUUAGUUUAUUAUAAUUAAAUAAUAUUGGUUUCUCACAAGUUGAUCAUUUGGACGAUAGCCUAAUUGAUUUCCUUACAAAACUCAUUUAGUGAAUAUUUUAUUGGUUAGGCCGUUGUUGUCGUGUUUUGUCAUACUUUGUUACAAUAACCAGGUAUGAUGUUCUUAAAAUCGUUCCAGGUAUGAUGUUUUUAAAAUCGUUUUCUGUAUGUAUAUGGUUCUUAAUAACUUGUACCGAUUGCCUCCAACAGAUGUCGCUUUACAACAAUGACAGCGCGUGUCAAACUUCUAUGAUUUACAUUUUCAAUAUAGUAAUACCCUCAUGAUGGAAUUUCCAUUAUCAGAAUGAAUGUGCAAUUUUAAGACUUGUAUCGAUAUCAGAAUACAACUUCCAAAACAUUUGCAAGUAUCAUUAUCUAGUUGCUAUGUUGGAAUAAUUACUAGAAUACUUGUAAUCAUCGAAGACACGAAAAAUGAGUGCUCAAAUAUAUGAUUGCAAACAAAAAAAAAAAUUAUAAAAUGGAACUGUUUCAAAAAUAAAUUAGUUUAAUUUAUAUGCUAAGAAGGUCUGAGCUGCUGAAAGAUGUAUCAUUAAAUGUAGGAUAAUGUUC